GACUCCAUACAGGGGUGUGGUGAGUUAAGACCUAACUAGGGCUGUUCUUUCCCCUCCUCACCCGAUUGAGCAAUAUAUUUAAAGCCGCCCAAACUGCUUGCUCUCAUUCUAUCUUCUUAUUCCUCUCUUCUAUUACCUUUUCUACUGUAACUUCGCUUUCUGUUCUCUACCAACCGUUUACCUAUACUAUGUCGUACUACGGUGGCCCCCCUCAGUCCCAAUAUGGGCAACCUUCAUAUGGACAGCCUCCAUAUGGCCAGGCUCCCGGAGGCUAUGAGCGCCCUCCAUAUGACCAGCGUCCCCCCUACGGCGAUCGCCCCUCUUACGACAGACCUCCAUACGAACGGCCUCCCUCUGGUGACCGUCCGCCAUACGAGCGUCCUCCAUACGAACAGCCUCCUCCCGGUGACCGUCCACAAUACGAGCGUCCCCCAUACGAACAGGCUCCCUCUGGCGAGCGUUCGCCAUACGAGCGCCCCCCGUAUGGGGCCCCCCCUCAAGACCAGCGCCCUUCGUAUGACAGACCACCAUACGAUUCAGACCGUUCUUUCGAUUCUCGCCCUCCCUAUUCCUCCGCACCACCUUCUGCCCGUCCUCCACAAAUGCCCCCACCACCUCUUCCCAUGGGUUGGGUCCAGGAAUGGGAGCCCAAUGCUCGCCGCGCCUUCUGGGUUGAGGUAGCCACCGGCAACUCCCAGUGGGAGCAGCCUUUUGGUGAUGCCUCGCGUGACAUGGGCCCUCCUGGCGGCCCUCCCGCUAUCAUGAGCCCCCCUCCUUCCGGCCCGAUUAGUCCUCCUCCCGGUGGCUACUACGGCGGUCCCCCUCCCCAGGAGGGAGGCUACUACCCUCCUCCUCCUCAGCAGCAGGGCGAGUACCAGACUGAAGAGGAGAGAAAGAAGAGUGAAAGGAAGAAGAUGCUCAUGGGAGGCGCCGCAGGUUUGGCGCUUGGUGGUAUUGCCGGAGCUGUGCUUAAUCAUGAAUUUGGCGGUUCCGACUCCGAGUCUGAGAAGGAAGAAGAAAAGGAGGAAGAGGUGGAGCACAAGAUCGUGGAGCAGCACAUUUACCACCACUACGAUGAUGAGCCUCCUGAGGAGCGCUCUUACUCUCCGGUGGAUGACUGGUAGUGGGGCACAUUCGGAUGAUGAGCUGGCAUUUCCCUUUUUUUUCUUCUUUCGAUUUUCUAGAAUAGGACAUUUGCACUAGCCCGGUUUGGUUUAGCCUCGUUGUCGGUCUUCGGGUAUUUCUUGUUUGCUCGUUUUCGGCCUGCAUUAAACUGUUUCAAAAAUAU